AAAAGAAACAAAAUUAAAUGUCCACGUUAGCCAUAUUACACACGUACAAAGGUAAAGAAAAAUCUUCCUUAUUUCAUUAUAAAAGGGCUAUGGGAAAGCCUUAUAAAAAAAUAUAAGCUAAUUAAAACCAUGGCAUCUAUCUCACCUCUUUCUUUCAUUUCCACAAUCAAUGUAUCUUCCAACUCAAAGAAUAUUAUUACCACUUCUUCCUUGUAUCCAUUUUCUCAAAAACAACACAAAUAUUCUAAACAUAGAAAAUCACCAAAUUACCACCAAGUGAAGAUCACGUGUAGUGACAAUAAUAGCAACCAAAACAACCCUAAUGAAGAACAAGAACAACCAAACAUUGUAGGACAUAGGAGAAAUGUCCUAAUUGGACUUGGAGGACUUUAUGGUACUUUUGCCACUAACCCUUUUGCCUUAGCUUCUCCAAUAUCCCCACCGGAUCUUUCCACAUGUGGCCCACCAGAUCUACCCUUAGGAGCAUCACCCAAUGAUAUUAAUUGUUGUCCACCAAAUUCCACAAAAAUCAUUGACUUCAAAAUCCCUUCUUCAAAUCAACCCUUAAGGGUAAGACAAGCAGCACAUUUAGUCAACGAGGAAUAUUUAGCAAAAUACAAAAAAGCCAUUGAACUCAUGAAAGCCUUACCAUCCAAUGAUCCACGUAGUUUCACACAACAAGCAAAUAUUCAUUGUGCUUAUUGUGAUGGUGCAUAUUCUCAAGUUGGUUUUCCUAACCUAGAUCUUCAAGUUCAUAAUUCUUGGCUAUUUUUUCCUUUUCAUAGAUGGUACCUUUAUUUCUAUGAAAGAAUUUUAGGUAGUUUGAUAAAUGAUCCAACCUUUGCUUUACCAUUUUGGAACUACGACGCUCCUGAUGGCAUGCAAUUUCCUUUGAUUUACACUGACGGUACGUCUCCUCUUUACGAUGAACUCCGUGAUGCGAAUCAUCAACCUCCAACUAUCAUAGACUUAAACUAUGACGGCGUCGAUGACAACGAUGAUGGAAAUGAUAGAAUCUCCACAAACCUUACUAUAGUGUAUAGACAAGUUGUGUCUAGUGGAAAAACUGCAAGACUUUUUCUUGGAAGCCCUUACCGUGCCGGCGAUGAACCGGAUCCCGGUCCUGGAUCUUUUGAGAAUGUUCCACAUGGAAUUGUUCAUAUAUGGAGUGGAGAUUCCACUCAACCUAACUUUGAAAACAUGGGAACUUUCUAUUCAGCCGCAAGAGAUCCUAUUUUUUUCUCUCACCAUUCAAAUAUUGAUAGGUUUUGGUCUAUAUGGAAAACACUUGGUGGGAAAAGAAAGGAUUUCAAUGACCAAGAUUGGUUAGAAUCUGCGUUUUUAUUCUAUGAUGAGAAUAAGAAUCUUGUUAGGGUAAAGGUUAAGGAUUGUCUUGACACAAAAAACUUAGGUUAUGUUUACCAAGAUGUGGAUAUUCCAUGGCUAAAUGCUAAACCUACACCAAAAAGAAUACAAAAAAAUGUGAAUGUUGCUCAAGGAAAUUUUUUUGGUGUUGGUGAAGCACAUGCAAGUGAGAUUAAUUCAAGAAGUUAUGUUAAUUUUCCAUUGGUUUUGGAUAAUGUUGUGAGUGCUAUUGUGAAGAGGCCAAAGAAAUCAAGGAGCAAGAAAGAGAAGGAAGAAGAGGAAGAGGUUUUAGUGAUUGAAGGGAUUGAAUUUGAUAAGAAUUUAGCUAUUAAGUUUGAUGUGUUUAUUAAUGAUGAAGAUGAUACAGUGAUUAGGCCGGUUAAUACUGAGUUUGCCGGAAGUUUUGUGAAUGUGCCUCAUUCUUCUCAUAAACACAAAAAGAAGACUAAUAGCUGUUUAAGAGUUGGAUUAACAGAUUUGUUGGAAGAUUUGGGAGUUGAAGAUGAUGAUAGUGUUGUGGUUACUUUGGUUCCAAGGUAUGUGAAAGGACUUGUCAAAAUUGGAAACAUCAAGAUUGAACUUGAAGAUUGAAAAUUUCUACUACUUGUUAUGCACGUGUGAGUUGUUGGUUGAUUUUUUGUUGGCAUGAAGUGUUUGUUUGUUGGUA